AUGCCCCCAGCUGUGGAGAAGGGGCUGAAGGAUCCCUCCUGGAUCCUGCUCCUCAUCCUCGCCCUCUGCUCUGAUGUCUCCUGCCAGCUCCACCAAGACAUGUCCCUCCCAGCAGCUGAUGCUGUGGGCAGUAUCCUGCCCGGAAAGCAGCUGUUCCCACGUGGGACAGGAGCACCAUCAGAGGACUGGAGGUCCCAGGACACCAUCAGGGACCACCAGGAGCCAGUGAGUGCCAGGGAGACGGGAGGAGCGAGGGGCAGUGGGGGCAUCCAGGGGGACAGCAGUGUCCUCAAGGCAGAUCCUGGCUACUGUGGGGAACAAAGCCAGGCUGCUGUCAACCCUACGCUGCUGGCGAGCAGCUACCGCCUGGCGCUGAGGCGGAUGGCGGGGGACCUGCUGUCCCUGCGCCAGCACGUCACCAGCCUGGAGGUGGAGAAUGGGCACCUGCGGCACAGCCUGGCCCCACGAGAGGACCUGGGCCACGCUCUGCUCGCCAACAUGGACCUGGACGUCAUGACGCGGGAGGAGCUGCUGGACAGGCUCGCCACCCUCAAAUGUAAGCUGGUGGCCAGCACGGCAGAGAUGAAGAGGCUGAAGGACCGUGUCCAGCAGCUGCAGAAUGAGCUGAUCCGGAAAAAUGACCAGGAGAAGGACCUGGUGCUGCUCCAAAGAGCCCACCGACAGCAGCAAGCUGCACUGAAGAGGAGCCAGGAGAAAGUGGCCAAGAUGAAGGGCUUGGAGGAGACUGUGCGGCAGCAGGAGAAGGUGAUUGAGCUGAUGGAGAGGGUGCUACAGGAGAAGCUUGCUGGGGUGGAAAGGAGCAGUGAGAAGCCAGCAGGUGAAGGCCUCUCUGGGGAGGUGUACGCUGCAUUGCUGGCUGAGAACCACAGGCUGCAGGAGAAGCUGGAGAGGCCUCCCCACCUCUUGCCCCCCAUCACCCCAUGGCCCCCAGCCUUGCCAGGUGGUUUUAGGGGCACAGAGAAGCUGUCUCUGCUGGCCAAGCUGGAGGAGGCACAAGCCCGCAGGCGGGUGCUGGAGAAGCAGGUGGGUAUGACCCUUCUGCACCCCACUUUACGGUGGGGGGCGAGGGGCACCUCCGCCCCUGGAGAGAACCAGCCCGGUUUGGGUCUGUCCCAGCUGGAGGAGGCAGCGAGAAGGUGGGGCCGGGAGAAGCAGGAGCUGAGCACUCGUCUGCUGGAGCAGGAGCAUGGCUUCCCCCACACCCCUGCCUCGGUGAGCACCUGCGGGGACCAGGGCCACCCCUAA